AUGCAACUUCAUGGUACCAUUCCUCCACACAUCGGAAACUUCUCAUUUCUUUCUUUCCUUGACAUCAGUAACAACACUUUUCAUGGAGAUUUGCCACAAGAGUUGGCUCAUUUGCAGAGGUUGAAAUUGAUUGAUGUCACAAGCAAUAACUUCACCGGAGCCAUUCCAUCAUUUUUAAGUUUGUUACCAAAAAUACGCUUUGUGUACCUAUCGAGCAACCAAUUUUUGGGAGAAAUUCCAUCUUCCCUUUCCAAUCUAACAAAGUUGCAAGUGUUGAGAAUGCAAUAUAAUUUUCUUCAAGGAGAGAUCCCUCGGGAACUCAGUGAUCUUCGUUACCUAACUAUCCUAGACCUGCAAAUUAAUCAGCUUACUGGCUCUAUACCGUCAUCAAUAUUUAACAUUACUACAAUGCAUAACAUUGCUCUUAGUGAAAACAAUCUUACUGGUAAGCUUCCAACAACUAUAUGUGAUCAUCUUCCAAAUUUGAAAGGGCUUUACCUCUCAAAAAACUACCUAGGUGGCAUUAUUCCACCAGACAUAGAAAAUUGCAGAAAGCUUCAGAUCUUGUCAUUGUCUUACAAUGAGUUUAUUGGAACUGUACCAAGAGAGCUAUCCAACUUAACAGCUCUUACAACAUUAGUAAUUGAAUCUCUGCAUUUGGAAGGAGAGAUACCUAUGGGGCUAGGUAAUCUUAAGAAACUACAGUGGCUGGGAUUACCCUUCAAUGAGCUUACUGGUUCUAUCCCUGCAAGCAUUUUCAACAUUUCAGCACUGCAGAUCAUAGAAUUUGAACUAAACAAUCUUUCAGGUACUCUACCUUCAGAUUUAGGUCGUGGAAUGCCCAACCUAGAAGAAUUCUUUUGUGGAGGAAAUAAUCUGAGUGGUUUUAUCUCUGAUUCAAUCUCAAAUUCAUCAAAACUCAGAAAACUUGAUCUUGCAGUAAACAGUUUCACAGGUCCAAUUCCUAAAUUGCUUGGUAACUUAGAAUACCUAGAGAUUCUGAACUUGGAGAACAAUAAUUUUAUCAGCGAUUCAUCAUUGAGCUUCCUUACAUCAUUAACAAACUGUAGGAAACUAAGAGCACUCCGAUUUAAUGAGAAUGCAUUGGAUGGGGCAUUAUCAGCGUCUGUUGGUAAUUUCUCAAACUCAUUGCAAAAUUUUGGAGGAAAUAGUUGUAAAUUGAAGGGUGUCAUUCCCCGAGAAAUUGGUAAUCUUACUGGAGUGACAAGGAUUGAUCUGUAUAACAAUGAGUUGACCGGACAUAUUCCAAAUACUGUCCAAGACAUGUUGAACCUCCAAGAAUUUUACCUACAAAGCAACAAGAUAGAAGGAACCAUACCAAAUGUUUUAUGCAGUUUAAUGAAUCUUGGUGCAUUAGACUUGACAGAAAAUCAUUUUUCUGGUUCAGUGCCCUCGUGCUUAGGGAAUGUUACGAGUUUGAGGUAUCUUAAUCUAGCUUUCAACAGGCUGAAUUCAUUACCUGCAAACUUGGGGAGCCUUCAAGAUCUAAUAGAAUUCAAUGUUUCAUCCAAUUUAUUAAGUGGCCAUAUUUCUCUGGAAUUCGGAAACUUUAAGUCUGCAACACUCAUUGAUUUGUCAAAAAAUGAUUUUUCUGAUAAAAUUCCUAGCACUUUAGGGGAUAUUGUCCUAACUUCUGAGGGUUAUAAAUUUGUAUUGGUUGAGGAUUAUCCUAUCAAAUCAGCAGAUCCUACUGAUGAGGAAGUCCAAGCCUAUGACAAAUGGGUUAAGGUUGAUGAGAUGGCAAGAUGCUACAUUCUUGCCUCAAUGGCGAAUGUCUUGCAGUAUCAGCAUCAGUCUAUGACAUCUGCUUAUGAUAUACUCGCAUCUCUUAAGGAGAUGUUUGGUGAGCAGAAUCGUGCUGCAAAACAGACUGCCAUGAAAGCCCUUUUGACCACAAAAAUGGCUGAAGGAUCUUCUAUCAGAGAACAUGUGCUGAAGUUGAUGAAUUACUUGAAUGAGCUGGAGAUACUUGGUGCUGAGAUUGAUAAGGAAUCUCAAGUUGAGAUGAUCCUUCAGACUUUGCCGGACAGUUUUCAACAGUUUCGCUUGAACUAUAAUAUGAAUAAGAUGGACAUGUCUUUAGCGAAAUUGUUAAAUGAGUUGCAAGCGGCUGGGCCGUCUUCUUCAAAACCAGCAAAAUUCCAAAAGAAAAAGAAAAAGCCCCGCAAGGCUGUGACACCCGGAGGUGCUAAGGAUGGUGUGGCUAAGCCGAAAGAAUCUGGAGCCACUGAUCAUAUCUGCACUUCUUUGCAGGGGUUUCAAGAAACACGGCGGCUAAAUAAGGAUGAAAUUAGUGUUUUUCAAGCAUAUGGGGAGCCAGCACCUGCCUUAGCUGUUGGAAUAAUUUCGUUUUCAUUUAGUAGUUCCAGACUUUUAGUAUUGAAUAAUGUUUUAUAUGUUCCUUCUAUAAGAAGGAAUUUAUUGUCUGUUUCUAAACUAAUGGAUGAUGGUUAUGAUAUUCACUAUGCGAAUAACUCUGCUGUUAUUAAGUAA